UACAGGUAAAAGGGAGAAACGGCGAGUAGAAACUAAACUUGCGAGCGUAUUAUUGAUCGGUAGCGGCCAUUUGUGCGCCAGCGCAACGCAAUCCAGAGGGCAAAACAGUAGCGAUCUACCCCUCGUUCGCGUCUCGUGCAGUGUUCCAGUGCCGCGUUCCAUCCCACUUCCAUACCACUUCCAUUCCACUCUGACACUGGCAAAGUGUCAUCGCGGGUGGCUAAUAUGUCCGGCGACAGGGACUAUAUCGGAUUCGCGACGUUACCCGAGCAAGUGCACCGAAAAUCGGUUAAAAGAGGAUUCGAGUUCACCCUGAUGGUGUUAGGAGAAAGCGGCCUUGGAAAAUCUACACUGAUAAACAGUCUGUUCCUCGGAGAUCUGUACAAAGACCGACGAAUGCUCGAUGCCGCUGAACGCAUCGAAAAAACGACCACGAUAGAAAAGAAGACAAUGGAUAUCGAGGAACGUGGGGUCAGGCUACGUUUAACGAUCGUCGACACACCCGGUUUUGGCGAUGCGGUAAACUGCGAAGACACUUGGAAAGCGUGUUCAGCCUACAUCGACGAGCAAUUUCGACAAUACUUCACGGAUGAGAGCGGAUUGAACAGGAAAAAUAUUCAAGACAACCGAGUACAUUGUUGUUUAUACUUCAUACCGCCUUAUGGUCACGGACUCAGGCAAAUCGAUCUGGAAGUAUUGAAACGGUUACAUCGCAAAGUGAACGUCGUCCCCGUAAUUGCGAAGGCGGAUACGUUAACCACUUACGAAGUGAAGGUAUUGAAGGAUCGGAUCCUUAAUGACAUCAACGAUCACGAAAUUCAGAUAUAUCAAUUUCCGGACUGCGAUAGCGACGAGGACGAGGAAUUUAAGCAGCAAGACAAAGAGCUGAAAGCGUGUAUCCCGUUCGCUGUGGUCGGCAGCUCGACGGUGCUGGAAGUCGCGGGAAAGAAGGUCCGUGGUCGCCAAUAUCCCUGGGGUGUGGUGGAAGUGGAGAACCCGAAGCACAGCGAUUUCGUGAAACUCAGGACAAUGCUGAUAUCUACGCACAUGCAAGAUCUCAAAGACGUCACACAGGAUGUACAUUACGAGAAUUUCCGGGCACAAUGCAUUUCUCAAAUUUCACAGCAAGCAAUUCGGGAACGGAGGUAUUUACGCAUUAAACUGAAAAGAGAUUCGGGUCCACAUUUUGAAAAUAGUAUAUCUGACACGGAUAGGCUUCUAUUGCAGAAGGACGAAGAGAUACGAAGGAUGCAAGAUAUGCUUGCACAAAUGCAAGAGAAAUUAAAAGCUACAGGCCAGGUUGGCCCUGGAAUUGGUCUCAGGGGAAGAGUCGGUAGUCUUGGAAACGAUCUGGACUCGACCGACGUGGAAAAGAAGCGCAACAGUAUUAUAGAUGUUUGAACUUUCGAAU